AUGGCAAGUAAUGUUGUUGUUUUGAUGCCCAAUGGAGGACAAAAGAAGUCCAAAGAACAUAAAGAGGAACGGGGCUACUGGGGCACCAAAGCUGAGUUUAUCCUCACUGUGAUGGGUGCCAUUAUCGGACCUGGUAACGUGUGGAGGUUCCCUUACCUGUGUUACAGAAACGGAGGAGGUGUGUUCUUCAUCCCUUACGUUUUGUUCAUGGUCACCUGCGGGAUUCCAUUGUUUUUCCUGGAGACUGCUAUGGGGCAGUACACCAAUCAGGGUGGGAUUACAUGUUGGAGGAAGAUUUGUCCACUUUUUCAAGGCAUAGGCUACGCAAGUCACCUCAUCAUUGCAUUCGGUGCCACCUCCUACAUUAUCAUCAUUGCGUGGGCGUUCUUUUAUCUCUUCUCCUCGCUGCGCACAGACUUGCCUUGGGCCACGUGUAGAAACGAGUGGAACACAGACUCAUGCAUAGACACCAGCCUUCCGAAUCAGACCCUCAGCAUGGCAGACAGACACAACAGCACUCUGCCUGUUGUGGAGUUCUGGCAGCGAAGAGUGCUGAAGAUCUCAGGUGGCAUCGAGGAGGUGGGCAGCCUGAGGUGGGAACUGGUCCUCUGUCUCAUCCUAACCUGGAUCAUCUGCUACUUCUGUGUUUGGAAAGGGAUAAAAUCUACCGGGAAGGCAGCAUACUUCACCGCAACCUUCCCCUAUGCAAUGCUGCUGAUUUUGCUCAUACGCGGAGUUACCCUGCCAGGGGCAAUGGAUGGGAUUAUUUACUACAUCUACCCUGACGUUUCCCGUCUGUCAGAUCCGCAGGUCUGGAUGGACGCUGGAACUCAGAUCUUCUUCUCUUAUGCCAUCGGCCUCGGAUUCCUGACCUCGCUUGGCAGUUACAAUACUUACAACAACAACUGUUACAAGGAUUGUUUCUACUUGUGUUUGCUGAACAGCGCCACCAGCGUUGUGGCAGGCGUUGCCAUUUUCUCAGUUUUGGGAUUCAUGACCUACGAACAAGGGGUCGAUAUUUCCGAAGUGGCCGAAUCAGGACCAGGUUUAGCAUUCAUCGUUUUCCCCCGUGCUGUGGCCAUGAUGCCAAUGCCGCAAGUGUGGGCAGUGUGUUUCUUCCUAAUGAUCAUUCUACUUGGCUUGGACAGUCAGUUUGUUGGUUUGGAGUGUCUGAUGACGUCACUGGUUGAUCUUUUCCCAUCUUACCUACGUCGAGGAUACAGACGUGAGCUGGUCUUGCUGGCCAUUUGUACUGUCUGCUGCUUGCUGGGACUGUCGUUGGUGACCGAGGGUGGGAUGUACCUUCUCCAGCUGGUGGAUUUCUAUGUUUGUAGUGGCAGCACCCUGCUCCUCCUCUCUAUUUGCCAGUCUGUCAGUAUUGCCUGGGUAUAUGGUGCAGAGCGUUUUUAUGGCAACAUCACAGAUAUGAUUGGAUACCGUCCCUCCCCGCUAAUGAAGAUCUGCUGGUGCUACAUCACUCCCUGCUUGUGUUUUGGCACAUUCAUAUUCUCCAUCAUCAGAUACUCACCUUUGAAGUUCAGCAAUACUUAUGUUUAUCCACUGUGGGCCAACAUCCUGGGCUGGUUCUUUGCAACAGUCUCCCUCUCCCUCAUCCCUCUCUUUGUGGUGUACAAACUAGUGCAUGGAGAAGGCACUCUUCGACAGCGAUUCCUGUCGCUCUGCUGUCCUGAAGACGACCUUCCCCUGGAUAACAAGAAUCUUCCUCCUCUUGGAGCCGAUGCCAUCGCCCCACACACCGAGCUCAAACCUUUAUCCCAGGAGUACUUAACUACAAAAUGAUGAGGGCAAAAAUGCCAGACACUCACUAAAUCGUUAUGCUCACUUGACAUGUAACCACAUUUUGAAUGCUUUUAUUUUUCAGAACCUAAAAACAUUGCAUUCCAUAAUAUUGGUCAAAACAUAUUGAAAUACAAGUGACUGGUCACUCGGUGGCAGUUAUGACACAAAACAUUAAGACAUUACCUCAGUGGUUCUCAAUUGUUUUCAGUCAUACUCCCAAGGGACAGAAAUGUUUUUACACCCCACCCUCGGAAUACCAGAAAAACUGAUAAUAUAUGUUCUGAACUGAAAUUGAAACUGAAAACAGGAAAAUAAACAAGGGACAACUGUAACGGCAGAAGUGUAUAAAAUAAGGUGCAUCAGGAGUAUUUCAUGUAAAGAAAACAAAACUAAUAUUUCAAGUAAAUUAAAAGGACAGUUCAGCUGUAUGUGUGCUAUGGUGGAUGAAGAAGGCUGUGAUGCAAGACUCUCACAUUUAUGUAUGCUAUGUGUUUUUUCAAAGCAUCAAAAUUGGGAUAUCUUGCCUUCUUUGGGUGCUGCCGGUACCCUUGACGAAUGUGUGGUGGAUUUUAUCCAUCUCCCGGACCAGAAAAGUGUCAUUCCAAUGGCUCAAAGAAAGCAGUAAAAGAGACAGCCGCGGACCUGAAAAACGGGCAAAAAACAAAGCGUCAGAAAAGUGAGAUUUUUUGGCCUUCUUUAGGUGCUGCCGGGACACCUGAUGAGUGUGUGGUGGGUUUUGUCCACCUCCCGGACCAGAAAGGUGUCAUUUCAACAGCUCAAGGAAACACAGACCUAAAAAAUGGGCAAAAAAUGAAAAAAGUGGGAUUUUUUUUUACCUUCUUUAGAUGCUGCUGGGACCCUUGAUGCCUCAGGGGAGCAAGAGCGAAUCAGGAGGGGAGCUUAAUGUCAGCUGAUUGAUAUCCGCGAUGACCCAAACUACCUUGGCGAUUUACCGGUAGCUUGCAAUCAACGUAAUGGGCAACCCUGGUAUAGAUGGUUUGUUUAGAAGGUUGCUUACUUCGAAAAUAGACCAUUUUUCCCCCCGCACACAACAUCUUUCACCAGAAGUCAUAAUAACAAUUCAUAAAUACGUGAUGGCACACGUGAAAUGUAUAGGAUACAGGCAUUUUUAUGGGUGUAGCAAUUGCUUGCAUUUUUUUGUCAUUCACUGGUGGUCCUGUGAUGUAUCCCCUGCAAUUAGCAAGGAUCUAUGCUUAGAUUGAAGUACUGUCAUUAAAAAUAUUAGCUUUGUCAUAUCACUCCAUUUUACCAAUGUUUUUUGCUUAAAACAAGCAAAAUAAUCUGGAGUAAGGAAAUAGCAUUAUGGAAAGUACCAUUUUCUUGCUCUGUUGGCAGAUGACUGAUUAUUUAAGUAAUUUUAACUCAUAUAAAUUAAGAUAUGCAAACCGGUCGAACAAAGACAGUGCCUGGUAAGAAUAAAAAUAUACUGUCAGUCAAAAAAUAAAUCAUUCCGACCAUGAUUUCAGGUAUUAAAAAUUGCUUUGACUAUUUUAGGGAUUUGAGUAGUAGCAAUAAUAUUAAAUAAUACAAUUGAUGAUACAAUUAGAAAAAACACAACAGAAAAAUAGAGAAAAAUGUUUCUGCCGUCUGAAAGUGUCGAUUAAGACAACUUAAUGACGAGCAUCCAUAGCAAUUUGCCAACUUUGUAAUAGCAGAUGGCAUGUUGACAGAUAUGUACGAGUCAUUUCUCAGAAAUGAUAAAACAAGACAGGUUACACUUAAAGGCCUGAGGGAAGACAGCGAUGGAAACAACUUCCAAACUCUUAAAUGACAUGACAUCUCCUCGAUGAUAUCUUGCAAUGCAUCAUGCUCUUUAUUUAAAUAAAUAAAUAGAAAUGUCUUCAGAAAUGUGACAUUUUAUUUCCCGUUUUAAGACACUAAUAAUAUCAGGUUUAUGUGUGUGUUUUUUUUCUACAUACUGUCGUGCUUUUUAAUUAUUUUUCUGGGGUAAAGCAUUGGCAUAAAUGUGUUGUGUUUUUU